UCGUGGCUAUAAUGUAAAUACAUUACAAAAUUUGAUUAUGUUUUAAACAGCAACCCUAAAAAAUGGCUACUAAUGCACUUCACCCAAAUUCAACCCACUCCCUCUCUGUCUCGGGCCAAGUCCACACCAUUUUCCUCUCCGCCGGCGAAUUCAACUGGAAUAAAAAGAUUGAAUUGAUGGGUAUAAUUGAAAUAUGCAACACUUCAUCUAUGUGCAUUGGUAGAACAAAACCUAGUUGUUUAAUUGAAGUAAAUCAGAGAAGGAGAAUUACGUGUAUGGCCUCUUCAGUGUCAGUGCAAGAUGAGAGCCAGCAGAAACAAUGUGUUACUGGUGGUAAUUUUAUACGACAACAUCUUCGUAAAUUGUCACCUUAUCAGCCCAUUUUACCCUUUGAGGUGUUGUCCACUCGUCUUGGUAGAAAACCAGAGGACAUUGUGAAAUUAGACGCUAAUGAAAACCCAUAUGGCCCUCCUCCGGAGGUAAACGAAGCUUUGGGGUCCAUGAAAUUUCCGUAUAUUUAUCCUGAUCCUGAAAGCCGUACGUUGCGUGCGGCCCUUGCUGAAGAUUCUGGCCUUGAAGCUGAGUAUAUUCUUGCAGGGUGCGGUGCAGAUGAACUCAUUGAUUUGAUAAUGCGGUGCAUAUUGGAUCCUGGUGACAAGAUUGUUGACUGCCCACCCACUUUCGCAAUGUAUGAAUUUGAUGCAGCUGUAAAUGGUGCACAUGUCAUCAAAGCGCCUAGGAACCCAGACUUUAGCCUGGAUGUAGAACGGAUAGCCGAAGUGGUUGAACAUGAGAAACCGAAGUGCAUAUUCCUGACAUCGCCUAAUAAUCCUGAUGGGAGUAUAAUUGAUGAUGAAACUCUUUUGAAAAUACUUCGCAUGCCCAUAUUGGUAAUAUUGGAUGAAGCAUAUGUUGAGUUUUCUGGGAUGGAGUCUAAGAUGAAAUGGGUGAAGAAGCAUGAGAAUCUGAUUGUUCUUCGCACGUUCAGCAAAAGAGCUGGUUUAGCUGGACUCAGAGUAGGAUAUGGAGCAUUUCCAAAGAGUAUUAUUGAAUUCCUUUGGCGAGCAAAGCAACCAUAUAAUGUGUCUGUUGCUGCUGAAGUUGCUGCAUGUGCUGCAUUAAAGAACCCCAUUUAUCUGGAGAAUGUGAAAGUGGCACUGGUGCAAGAACGGGAGAGGCUAUUUAAUCUCUUGAAAGAAGUCCCAUUUCUCGAUCCAUACCCUAGCUAUUCUAAUUUCAUUCUCUGUAAGGUUAUGUCUGGCAUGGAUGCUAAGAAAUUGAAGGAGGACCUUGCGACUAUGGGAGUGAUGAUCCGUCACUACAAUAGCAAGGAACUGAAGGGAUACGUUCGUGUCUCUGUAGGCAAGCCCGAGCACACGGAGGCGUUAAUGAAAUGCCUCAAGCACUUCUAUUGAUCUUGCUGGGGUUCGGAAGUUCAAAAUCAGAAGUGACUUGUGUUCUCUUAUAAUGAAGACAAAUUGGGAGUUUUGCUGUGCUAUUUAUGCUAAUUGCAAAGGAAUCAUUCUUUAGAAAUCAAUUGUUUGUAUGCUGGACCAAACAUCACCUCUUAUUGUUGUUGUUAGACAAACUGAAAUAUGGAAAUGAGGGGGUCACAGAGUUGUCUCGACUCUAAGUGUACAUAAUAUUGAAAAUUGCCAUGCAAUGGCAUUUGUAGUUUUGUACCUUUAGCAUUGGAAUGGUUAUGAAUAAAACAACUUGAGCUGAGGGAGGGUCUAUCUGAAACAACCUCUCUACCCAACAAAGGUAGGGAUAAUGUUUGCGCACACUCCAUCCUCCUCAGAUUCUACUUGUGAGACUA